CCCCGCUGCCUGGCGAGCGUCCCGCUCUGGAGCGGAGCCCUGGGUGGCCGGGAAAGGUCCUCUGUUUCCCUGCCUUGCCCUGCCCCGCUCCAGCAGCUUGUGGUCUGGAUCCCGACGUGCGGCUUGGCUGGGGGUUCGGCGAGGGGGGGCCCAACGGGCGGGUAGACCCCCCCAAGCCUGGGGAGCUGGUAACUCUGGGGAGCCCCGGCUCUCUCCCGGACGCGCCGCUGCACGGAUUCCCUCUCCCGGCUCUGCGCCCUGCUGGGAUUUGUGCCGCUAGCCUGCCGGCCGGGCUGAGAGCAGAUCUGUUCUCGCUGCAGCACCGCUCCUUGGGGCUGCUCUGUGCGGCUUUGUGCGAGCGCUUGCUUUGCUGACACCCACAUUUUUCUCUUCCCCCGCUCCCCCUUUGCUAUUUGAUCUCCGGCUCUUGCUUCUCGCCGAUCACUUGGCCUCACAGGCUAUUACAAUGGAAAAAAGUUCGUGCUGUCCCGUAGCUCGUGCGAAGCCUGUUGCUCCGUGCGCGGAGCUGCCGAACAAAAGGUGGCCUCGCUGGCACACCCCGGCGGGGGUCUGGGGGUCGCACGAGGGCGCAGCCGGGGGAGAGGGAGGGAUCGGUCUGGAACAAAGCGUGUCCGACCCACCGACUGCGCUGAUAAGCUAAGGCCCGCACAUUCCUGGGAUGUUUUAGGGCUUCAAACCUUCGGCGUGGGGCCCGAUCCUACCGGUUUAUCGCCAGCCUCAAUCCGGAGUGAUUCGACCCGAGUAGUCGGCGCCACGUGUGGGAGAGAUCGGAACCAGGCCCUAAAUUGCAAGCUCCCUUCCAGGGAGGUUAUGUGCCUGCUGUAUGAUGGGGCCUGGCUCUUGCUGGUGGGACUGUCAAGAAAGCUAUGCUGGAAUUAUACUGUUGGACCUGAGCGCUGGAGCCGGCCCUUUGCUGGGGUUGGGGAGGCUGUUCAGCCUGCUGUGCUGACAGACCUGGGUCUGGGACUGCUCCCAGCCCUGUACCUGUGUUGGUGCUGGAGGAUUUUGUGGCUGGAAGCUUCCCCUCCUAAGGAUGAGUCUCUGCUGCCCAUCAAGUUGUACUGGGCUCAGGCUGUGACCUGAAGCCAUCCUGUGACUGAGCAGCCUAGUGAGAGAGAAUGCGGGGCGGCUCUGUGCUGGCAGUGCCAUGGCUCCUGGUCCUUGCUGUCGCUGGCGGCCGUGGGCAGGAUGAGAAGCCAACCUUUGCCCCCCUUUUCACCCGGAAGCCCUUCAUUGUGGCCUGGAACGCACCCACCCAGGACUGCAGGCCCCGCUUCAAGGUCCAGCUGGACUUCAGCCUCUUUGACCUGCAGGCCUCACCCAAUGAGGGCUUUGUAGACCAGAACCUCACCAUCUUCUACAAGGAGCGCCUGGGCCUCUACCCCUACUACGAUGAGCAGCAGGUGGCUGUGAAUGGGGGUGUCCCCCAGAACAGCAGCCUCCGGGAGCACCUGGACCGGCUAGAGGAGGGCAUCCGCAAGUACAUCCGCUCAGAGGCCAAGGAAGGUCUGGCUGUCAUUGACUGGGAGGAAUGGCGGCCCAUCUGGAUCCGCAACUGGCAGAACAAAGACAUCUACCGCAAGAACUCCCGGCAGCUGGUGCUGUCGCGGCACCCCGACUGGCAGGAGGACAUGGUGAACAAGGAGGCCCAGUACGAGUUUGAGAGCUCGGCCCGGAAAUUCAUGCUCCGCACCCUACAGUACGCCAAGAGCUACCGGCCUAAGCAGCUGUGGGGUUACUACCUCUUCCCGGACUGCUACAACCACGACUACAGCAAGAACCCUGACAGCUACACGGGACGCUGCCCUGACGUGGAGAAGACACGCAAUGACCGGCUGUCCUGGCUCUGGAAGGAGAGCAAAGCCCUCUACCCUUCCAUCUACCUAGACCAGGUCCUGGCCUCCUCUGAGAACGGCCGCAAGUUCGUGCGCUCGCGGGUCAUGGAGGCUCUGCGGAUCUCCCACCAGCACCACGACGGCUACUCACUGCCUGUCUUCGUCUACGCCAGGCCCACCUACAGCCGUAAGCUGGACGUGCUGAGCAGGAUGGACCUGGUCUCCACCAUCGGCGAGAGCGCAGCCCUGGGGGCAGCUGGUGCCAUCUUUUGGGGUGAUACAGACUACACCAAGAGCCAGAGCACCUGCCGGACUAUCAAGGCCUACCUGGAGGAGGAGCUGGGUCACUACAUCGUCAACGUCACCACGGCGGCUCAGCACUGCAGCCGGGCACUGUGCCAGGGCUGGGGGCGCUGCCUGCGCCGGGACAGCACCGCCAACGUCUUCCUCCACCUCAACCCUCUCAGCUUCCAGAUCCGGCCCCGGGGUGAAGCCGACGGGCAGCAGCCAAUGCUGCGGGUGGAGGGGGAGCUGUCUGCCGCUGACACCGCAUACCUACGGACCCACUUCCGGUGCCAGUGUUACCAGGGCUGGCGUGGGGAUGCGUGCGAGCGGCAGCUGAGCACCCACAACAGUGGAGCCUGCCCGACCUGUGCCACUCUGGGACUCCUGGUGCUGGGGCUCCUGGCCUGCUUGGACUAGCUUGGCCCCUUACUCAGGUCCUCAUGGCAGUAGGCAGUCUUCUGGUGCUUAGCAUGGCAGGGGCAUGGGUGCAAUAGAUGGCACUUGUAGCCAGAGCCUGGUGUGCCCCUCUGUGGGGCAGACAGACUUGGAACCCAGGAGCCUUUUGUAUUUCAUUUAGUGCUGAUGUAGUGGAUCUAUUGGAGGUGGCCCUCUACCUCUGCCACAGCCAAGGGGGCAAGAGGUCCCUCUAGUGCUCCCUGCUGGCCAGCAGAGUGCCUGCAGCUGGGGGAUGAGGGAUGUUCUUGGGCAGUGAUGUAGGGGGCAGCCUGCAGCUGGGAGUCAGGGGAGAUCUGCCCUGGUGUGGAAAUACAAGGGCUUUGCCCUGGAUUAGCUUCAUCCCCCAGGCCUAGGUAGCUCCUCCUUCCCUGCUGCUGGGUGUGCCCCAGUGUGGAGCCGUGCCCCAUGGUGUGUGGGUGGGGGGGGAUGCUCAUCCCCUCCCCGGCUCAGCAGAGGGAGAGGGGCCUCUCAGCAUGAGCCAAGCUGCACAGGGGGUGUGGGGUACCCCCUAGCUCUACUGUAGGCUUUGUGGGGUGUGGAGGAGCAAUGGGAUGGCAGGACCCUUCUUCUGUUGUAAGGAGGGGGGUGGAUAGGCAGUGAGCAGAGGAGUGUUGGGGAGACAAGGCCUGAUGUGACAAAUACUACUAUAUGUGUGUGGAUAUGCCCUUCAGUGCCUGAGUGAGGCAGGGGCUGGGCCAGGUGCAUCCCAGGAACCAGCGCCCUGCCUCUGUCACCGAGAAACCAAAGUGCUUUACCUCACCAUUAAAGGCGGAACAAGAGAG